AUGUCCGAAUCUAUUACACCCGCAGUAGCCGCCCCGAAACGACUGUUAAGACCACUUCCAAGCGCUGGUGCAAGCCGCCGCGUGAGGAAGCAGCCAGUCGAUACGGGCAUUCAGUCAACACCCGUCAGCCAGCCAGACGAUGAUACACCGACUCCAAAGGCAUCUACAACACCCCUGCCACCAGAAGCACCCGACGUCGCAUUUACCUUUAGUGUGCCGAUUCUGAAAGUCAACGACGCACCUCCAAAGGAAAUCCCCACGACGAGUUUGACUGAUCCUAUCGACGAAGCAAAGGACGCGGAGCUUCGCAAGAAAUUCCUAGGUCUUCGGAUUCAGGAGCCAGUCAAACCGAUUGCCCCCGUACUCAAGAUUCCAAAGAAGGCAAAAGCACCUGUUGCACCUGUUGAGAGACCCUUGGCAAAGGUCAAAGACAUCGACACGGCACCAAAGCCACAGAUUGUAUUUGGUGAUACGACUACAGUGUUUGGGGAAAGUAAAGACGCAACCCCUGAAAAGGAUGCAGAACCCCCUGAGGUCAACCCUACAAGCCAUUUUAGAGCUCAGCAAAGACGAAUGGAGCGCGAGAGAAGGGAGCGACUCGGACUGGCUCGAGACAAGAGCAGGCUUGAACCACUCCCUCCCCCUGACCCCAGUAUUCCUCUGGACGAGCGGAGAAAGACGAGGUUACCCUCAAUUGGAGCUGAAGAAGAGGAUGGUAGUGAAGGGGAAAAGAGGAAAGAGGCCAAGCAGAAGAUCAAGAGGCUCGCGGCCUUGAUGGCCAAGGACCUUGAAAUGAAGAGGAUACCAAAAUCUCAGCUUCGAGCCAUGGCACAGGGAAAGACACCCGAGGAGACUGCUGCCCGUACAAAGAUCCUGGAGCUGGCACUCAAGAUUGCAGCCAAAUCGCAGGAAAAGGCGCAGGAACAGAGCACCGUCAAGAAGGAUGAAAAGCCUGUGGCCGCUACGCCAGACCCUGGAGCGUCGGAAGGGAACCCGACGAGUGGAGGGUCCAACGUGCGAGGGGUGUCGAAAGACGAAAAAGACGAAAUAAAAAAGCCAGAUUCCUUCUUGAACUCGACUUCAACCACGAAACGCUACACUAUAACCAGACUGGAGCAAGGUGGCGUCAAUCAUCGAGGUUCUGGCAUGCCUCUUGCUCUCUCCAGACUCUCUUCGGAGCCCCAGCGGUCGCGCGGCAUGACCGUUGGCGGAUACGAGAGUCCCUCGUCGUCAGACUCGGACGAUAGCUGCGACACGAUCCGGGUCAGCAUCCACAGUGGACGAGCAAUCUCCUCCGCCUCUGCAUCCUCGCGCGCAGGCUCUCCGCACUUUGGAUUUUGCUCAGACGUCGACGACGAGCCGUCUUCACCGCUCCUCGGGCCCACGCGCUGGUGGGAUUCAGACUCUGGGAGACGCAGGAGACGACGAGACUCGGGUCUCCCGUUUGCAAGACGUCUCAAGCGUCGCCUACUCCGCCUUGCUCGCCAUCCACUUGUGCCCACGCAGCCAGUGACCAUUCUAUUCUCUCUCGUGCUCUUUGCUCUCUUUGCCAUCAUCCUCACCCUAUUUUUGAUAUACCAGCUAAAUCCAGACAAGGAGGCUCUGCCAUGGCGUUCAUACUGCGCAUUACCACCAGCAUUUCCUCCUGAUAAUUUCUAUAAUCUCAGCCCCGCAGGUGUCUUCCUCGGUGUAUUCAGCAUGGACUCGGGUUUGGAGCGGCGCAUGUUUGUUCGCACAACAUUCGCAGCACACGAGCGAAGUAGAGUUGACAAUGGAACCUCCCGAACCAUCGUCCGCUUUAUUCUCGGCAAGCCAAGACCAGAAUGGGAGCGCCGAAUACAGCUCGAGGCAGAGACUUAUAAUGAUAUGGUCAUUUUACCUAUAGCCGAGAAUAUGAACAAUGGAAAGACGCACGCGUACUUUUCAUGGGCUGCACGACAUGCCUGGGUGCCCCCUCCGCAAACGCCGCUACCAUUCUCCUACGCCAAUCAAACAAAGAUCCCACCGUCCCUCGCACCACACGACCCUCGACCGCUUCCCAAUUCACCCAAAGAGUGGGUGCGACCCGAUUUCGUGCUCAAAGCAGACGACGACUCGUUCGUGAUGCUCGCCGAGCUCGAAGCUCGUUUGCGCGUCGAAAUGCACUUUGGGCUCAACGAGACCAGGACUCCAUACUAUGGCACGCAGCCUGUUGUGGAAGACCCGCUCGUCUAUUGGGGGUACCUCGUCAAGAACAAAUUUAUGGGCGGCGAAAUGUACGCCCUCAGCUGGAGCUUGGUCAGCUGGGUCGCGCAAAGCGAGGCAGUUCGGGGUCUGACGCGAGGUGCUGAAGACAAGUUGGUCGCAAAAUGGAUGUGGCUUCACCCUCGAGCGGGCAACGUUCGUUGGAAGAGCGAGCAUUGCUGGAUAUAUGACCAUCCCAAAGCUGGAACUGUAUACUCCCAUGGGUUCUUGUUCCCGUCAGAGGUCAGUCGUAUUCGUCGACAACUCACGAAUGCCGACCCGGGGAAAACUUCACCGCCAAGCGUGCUCAACACUUAUUCUUACUCGAGUGUCAGUCAAUUUGGAACCCGGUAUAAUCCCCCCUCUCCGAAUCUCACGCCAAUGCAAUCCAUUGAGGCGCUCAUCGAAGGCUCGCCCAUGUCGCGGGUCGGUUCGAGCAAUCAUCUCGAGGAUCCAUCACUCGAGCCUGCCAUGGCUUUGCAGAGGGCCGUUAACCGCGCAUGGCUGGAGAGGGAAGGAAGAAGGGUUCGGUAUCAGCACAAGAAGCUUGGUGGAACCAUCCUUGUUCACUUUAUCAAGAAGAAUGAGUGGUGGGAGGAGACAGCGUUGGCAUUUUUGGGAGGAGACGAAUAUGUUCACUCAAAUAUUCCUCUCCCAGCUGGACGCACGGGUUCAGAGCUCCCGGACAAUAGCAGCCGCUCGUCGGAAACAGAGUCCGAGUCGAGCUCGACACCGGAAGAGGCUGAGACGAGCAGCAGUGGUGUUACAGUCAUUACUACGACCCCGUUGGUGGAAGCAUAG